GCUGGGCCUGCUGUGUUCAUCCAGCCUCACACUUUGUUAUCCUCGGCCAUUCAUCAGAUGUGUUUGCACUGUGCCUCCGGGUCGGCAGGGGGCGGUGGUUGCGGCGGGCGGACUGUGUGAAGAUGGACGCGGUGAGGAGCGCGGUGCUGUCGGUAGCGGUGUGUGAGGGUGUUGAUGAGGACCGGUUUCUCCGGGAGAUUUACCCGCUGAGAAAACCUGCAGUUCUUAAAGGAAUUCCCCUUGGCUCGUGCACAUCAAAAUGGACAAUUGAUUACCUGAGUACGACUGGAGGAAGGCAGGAGGUCAAGGUUCAUGUUGCAUCAGUACCACAGAUGGAUUUUAUCAACAAAAAUUUUAUCUACAGAACUUUACCAUUUGAUGUUUUUGUGAAGCGAGCAGCAGAGUCAGUCCACACAGAAUAUUUCAUAUCUAAGGAUGAAAAAUAUUAUUUAAGAUCAUUAGGAGUAGACCCACGGAAGGAUGUAGCAGAUAUCAGAAAACAAUUCCCAUCUCUGGCUGAGGACAUCAACAUACCGGAGUUUUUUGAGAAGGAUCAGUUUUUCUCCAGUGUUUUUCGAAUCAGCUCACCAGGCCUUCAGCUCUGGACUCAUUAUGAUGUUAUGGAUAACCUUUUGAUUCAAGUAACAGGCAGGAAGCGAGUGAUACUCUUCAGUCCUCAGGAUGCACCUUACUUGUACCUAACAGGGGAUAAGUCUGAGGUCUUGGAUGUGGACAAUCCUGAUCUAAGAAAAUAUCCACAAUUUGCCAAAGCUCAGUGCUAUGAAUGUCAAUUAGAUCCAGGAGAUGUGCUUUUCAUUCCAGCACUGUGGUUUCAUAACACUAUUGCUAAAGAGUUUGGAGUGGGAGUGAAUGUAUUUUGGAAACACCUUCCUGUAAACUGCUAUGAUAAAACAGACACCUAUGGAAACAAGGACCCUGUGGCAGCCUCAAGAGCUAUGCAGAUUUUAGACCGAGCCUUAAAAACACUGGAAGAGCUUCCUGAUGAAUACAGAGACUUCUAUGCACGGCGAAUGGUUUUACGAAUUCAAAGUAAAUCAUACAGCAAUCAUUACAAAUAGAAUAUAGAAAUAAAUAAGUUUAGAGUAUUUAUUUGGCAGUGUAACAAUUCAUAAUAAAAACAGUUUUUGUAUUUUGGAAAUAGUUUCUAAUUACUAUAAUUUGUUAAGUUUAAAUGAUCCUAUAAUUUGUGAUGAGUAACUACAUUAGCAAUAAUCAGUUGUAACCUUCAUACAUAACUGUUUAAUUUGCAGUUUUGAUACUGAAAUGAUUUAUUGCCCUAACAUUCAUUUUACAAAGCACCACUAAAACACAAAAUAGAUGAAGCAGAGUUUUCAUUUUGCAUCUAAAUACCUUAGAUAAUUGUUAUGGCAGUAAAGUCUAUGCUGUACACUUCAAAUGGUGUAGUAAAUAUCAGAUUUAUUAUCUUGUGUAAAUAACUAACUAGUUCUUCUUUGCAAAAUUAUAUUUCAUACCGAGAAUAUUUAUAUUAGAACAUCUCUCUAGUAUAUUUAACCAAAUACUGGGAUAAUAUUUCUACAAAUGUAUUAAAAGGCUAGGUGGAUUGGCCAUGCUAAAUUGCCUGUAGUGUUUAGGGGUGUGUGGGUUAUAGGGGGAUGGUUCAGGGUGGGAUGCUUCAAGAGGCAGUGUGGACCUGUUGGACCGAAGGGCCUGUUUCCACACUGUAGGUAAUCUAAUCUAAUCUGAUCUAAUCUAAAAUCUCUCUCUCUCAAUAUAUAUUUCCAAAGGUAUAGAAUAUAACCAGUUUUAAAACAUUGAUGGUGAACCUGGCUUGUUCCUUAGUAAUGUCCAAAAGAGAUGUUUCUAAAAGGUGAGAAUUCUUUUGGUAAAAUGAACUUUGUAAUUUAUGCAUAAGACAUAAUGAGACAGUAAACUGUCAUACCUAACAUUAAAGGAAGAUGGUUGCAAUUAUUGUGACCAAUCACUUCCUCCGUUAGUUUUUCUUUAGUGGUUGGUAAUAGAAGGUGAAAUCAUGUAAACCUUACCUGGAUCCAUUUUAUCUGUUCAGCCAGAGCCAAUUAUUCCUCUAGUGUCUUCUUGCCUAACUUUUAUGCUACUAUCUCUGGCGCACACCAAGCAUCUGUGCCCUGUGUUUCCUACCUGUGACCAUUGUACAUGCAAUUCUUCUAUUGCAUUGUCUGCAAACAGAUUCCACAUUGAUGGCUCACAACAUUACCUCUGUCUUGACCCUCAUGUAUAUGUUUUAGCCCAUUUAUCCGAUUUCCAUGAAUAGACAACUUGUCCUGUUAAACAUGGGAGAAAGGAGCAACUUGGAUCCUCACCACAAACUCUUCAUGCUUAGGUUGAAAUUCCAGCACUAUAUUCUCUGUAUUGCAAAAAAAACUACUUCCUUUCAUAACAUCCAACUCCAUCCCACCCUCGAGUUGAUGUUAACAUCAGGGUUCAUCCUUUCCUCAUCCCCACAAUAUUUAUAAUGUUACUAUUUAUAACUUGACUUUCCUAUUAUUGUGGCCUCUUACAAACAGACAUGUCCAUUUGCACACUGCCCACUGUACAUUUAGUUCUCCAUACUGACAGCAAUGCAUUUUUCUCCCUAAACUUCUCAGUCCCCCUCUCCUUUAAGAUGCUUACCAAAACCCAUUUUGUAAUUUUUGGUCGUCUGUUCUCUAUACUCUCCUUUGACUUGAUGUCAGUUUAUUGCUGAUUCUGCUUUCAUGAAGUAUCUCAGGAUAUUUUACCAAGAUUAAAAUUCUUGUAAAAAUAUAUAAUUUUUAAGUGGCUGCUAACAAUGUAAUUUUAAAAACUAAUGACAGUUUAAAUCUGGCAGCUUCAUCUGGUUGUUGACAGAAAAUGAAAUAUACAGAUGUACAAUAUCUGCUUUCCUCACAUGUAAUAUAUAAUGUAAAUUUAGAACACUUGCAACAAAGGAUAAUAUAAAUCAGUGAUGUAGGCAAUCUGGUCCACACAAUCUGGAUAACUUAGUCCUACUUUACAGUUAAAAUACACAUUUAGUCAUUUGUUAUUUUUGAAUGUUAAAUGCUUGAAAAUUUAGAUUGCGUGGUUCUUAACAGUAUUGCUUCUUCCGGGAACUUUUCCAAAUUUGAAUACCUGUCCAUUGGGCUUAGGCAUUUCAAAGUCCAAUGAAUAAAACAGAACAUAGAUGUAGGUUGGCAUUUGACUCAAAAACUUCUAGGGUUGCAGCUAAUUGACACUUCUCAUCAAGACAAUCUUUCAACAAAAUCAACUUUUUGAAUUUUUAAACCAAAAAGAAUGAAGGACCAAGUAUAUUGGGGAUGCUUGGGUCAGAACACAAUUUGUAUCUGAUGCCUUGGACAGAAAGUGCCUUUAUUGUCCAUGAUCAAUAUAUUCGUAUGUCAAAGGCUUUUGUACCCUUGAGAGUAUCACUCAAUUAAAUAAUUCCAAAGCGAGCUGUUUGAGUUUUAAAAUACAGGUUAUUUAUUCUCUUCCACUUUGAAAGUAAGGCAACAUUUCACU